UGUCUCUGAAAAUAUUCUAUUCAUUGAAUGUAUUGUUAAUUAUAUGGUUUAUUGGGUACCAAAUCAUCGCUGUAUUGACUGUAUUCAGACAAUACAUUACAUACUAUAUGUAUGUAUGGCGACUGGUCGAACGAUUUCAGACAAUGCGGGCGCACAUACAUCAGUCAAACAUCGAUAGCCGGCCAUCGAUACUGUCGCAGCCGUUGCCACCGAUUCCCGGCGGUGGCGGCGAUACACACAAAAAGGCUGUACUGAACAGUGCGGCCGCAGCUUUUGCGGCCAACCCUAUUGGCAGCAACGAAAUGCUGGCAGUCUAUGGCCAUCAAAUGCUAGACGAAAACAUCUAUUCCGUACCGCAAGAUCAGGCCAACAAUUGUUUGUCUCGGCCUCGAAGUGCCGGUUUCGAGAACGGAGGCGCCGCCCGAGUCCAACGAUCCCGUUCUAUACCCCGAUCGCAUCCAAUCAAUUCGGGUCUGAAUACUAUUCAUUAUUCAUCGACAACAUCCUCAUCGUCAGCGUCAUCGACGACCAGUACUAACACCAACACAACAACAACAACAAUACUGGUCCACCGUUACCGCCGCGUGCCUCGACAUUGGAGCGCAAUCAUAGCCACAGUAGUACCGGCAGUAAUUCGGACACUAAUCGAUAUCGACAUCGAAAGUAUACCGUCGACGCCGACACUGUUGGCAGCUAUCAAACGAGCGACACAUUCGGCAACUGUCGACUACGGCAACAUUGGCGGCGGCGGCGGCGGUACUACCGCUGAUACUUCGGUGGUCAACAAUAAUAAUAAUAAUCAUCAAAACAAUACUAGUCUUCUCGAUUAA